GGCCGCGGCCGCUACGCGGCGUCCUGCAGGGGGCGGGGCUCCGUUGCCAGGGUAACCGGGCGUCGGUGUCGGAGCUGGUAUCUUCCUGUGGCAGUGCUACCGAUUUCUGUGUGCUGAGCUCCUGAGACUAUGAAUCAGAGUGAAAGAUUCGUUUUCAUCACAGAGUGGUACGAUCCAAACGCUUCGCUUUUUCGACGGUAUGAGCUUUUGUAUUACCCAGGGGACGGAUCUGUUGAAAUGCAUGACGUGAAGAACCGCCGCACCUUCCUGAAGCGGACCAGGUAUGACGGCCUCCACCUGGAAGAUCUGUUCAUCGGCAACAAAGUGAACGUCUUCUCCCGGCAGCUGGUGCUGAUUGAUUACGGGGACCAGUACACAGCUCGCCAGCUGGGCAGCAGGAAAGAAAAAACUUUAGCCCUGAUUAAGCCAGAUGCUGUUUCAAAAGCUGGAGAAAUCAUUGAAAUAAUAAACAAAGCUGGAUUUACUAUCACCAAACUCAAAAUGAUGAUGCUUUCAAGGAAAGAAGCAGCAGAUUUUCAUAUAGACCAUCACUCAAAGCCCUUUUAUAAUGAGCUGAUCCAGUUUAUUACAAGUGGUCCUGUUAUUGCCAUGGAGAUUUUAAGAGAUGAUGCCAUAUGUGAAUGGAAGAGACUUCUCGGACCUGCCAACUCUGUGGUGGCGCGUGCGGAUGCGCCCGGAAGCAUCCGAGCCCUCUUUGGAGCCGACGGCAUCAGGAAUGCAGCCCACGGCCCCGACUCCUUCGCCUGCGCGGCCCGAGAAAUGGAGUUAUUUUUUCCUUCGAGUGGAGUCUGUGGACCAGCGAACUCUGCUAAAUUUACCAAUUGUACCUGUUGCAUUAUUAAGCCCCAUGCCAUCAGCGAAGGAAUGCUGGGGAAGAUUCUAAUGGCCAUCCGAGACGCAGGCUUUGAGAUCUCAGCGAUGCAGAUGUUCAACAUGGAUCGAGCUAAUGUUGAAGAGUUUUACGAAGUUUAUAAAGGAGUGGUGUCUGAGUAUAACGAGAUGGUGACAGAAAUAUAUUCUGGCCCUUGCGUGGCGUUGGAGAUCCUGCAAACGAACCCUGCAAAGACCUUCCGAGAGCUCUGUGGGCCUGCGGAUCCUGAAAUUGCCCGGCAUCUGCGCCCCGGCACCCUCCGGGCGGUCUUCGGCAAAUCCAAGAUCCAGAACGCCGUGCACUGCACCGACCUGCCAGAGGACGGGCUGCUGGAGGUUCAGGCUGCAGUCUUGGUGCCACUGCAGCCACAAGUGCUGACUCACCUGUCUCUCACAGCCACAAACCUGAAGACGAGUCAGGGAAGGCCGAGUCCAGCCACUGCAAGCACAGGCCUCCACCUCACUGGCCAGCAGCCACAGCCUAAGAAGAUGGCCUUGUCUUGCCUCUCUCUUCCAAUUUCACACGAAGCCAUCUAUUGGUGGAGCCUGAUUUGUAGCAAGACCCUUAGCUGCCAGGGAGUUUGGGAAAUAUAGUUUGUAGCUUUCCAGCUACCAAACAGAAGGCGGAUGGAAUGGAAAUUGAGAUGUUGGUUGUGCUGCCGUUGGUAUAUUAGUAGCAGGAGGACAGGUAUCACUUAAGGUCAACACUUAAUUUACUAUGUAACCUUUCAUUAACCUUAGAGGUUGAUUUGCUUCUAAGGGAAUGCACUAGGGUGCAAUUAAAUAUAAAUCCUUAUGUUGUGAACCCCUAGUUUAUAAGGUCCCUUUUCUCCCCACCAAGAGGAAGUAAAUUAGGGAGCCAAGUUCUGUGUAUGGUCUGAUGCAGUCAGUGAAGUUCCCUGUUUACUGAUGGGUGUGCUUUGCAGCAUUGAGGUGUGAACAGCUGCUUGGUCUUAUUUGCUAAUACUUGGUUGGGGAUGUUUGCAUCUAUUUCCAUGAGAGACGUUGUGUAGUUUCCUGUAGUGUCCAUCAGGUUUGAAUAUUAGCAUAAGGCUGGCCUCAUCGAAUGAGCUUCUGUCUUCUGAAGGAGAUUGUAGAGAAUUGGUAUAAUUUCUUAAAUGUUUGGUAGAAUUCACCAGUUUUGGCAGAAUUCACUCAUCAGAGCCUAGUGCUUUCUGUUUUGAAGUUUAUUGAUUAUUGAUUCAAUUUUGUUAAUAGAUAUAGGCCUGUUCAAGAUAGUCUCUUUCUUCUUUUGCAGGUGUCUUUAAAGGAAUCAAUCCAUUUCAC